UCUUGGUGAUUUUACUUGACACUUCAUCAAGUGGCCUGCUGCGUGGUUGUGCUCGGCGUUCCUUUUCGACAAAAAUAAAAUCAGUGCCACCUUUCCGGGAUUUUUCCAAGUGUUUUAAACGAUGGACCAGGGCAACAACGGCGGUGGCCGCAAGGAAAUCUCGGAGGAACCGCCGAUGAGCCGGCUGUUUGUGAUCUGCGGCCGGAACAUUACGCGGGACCAGUUGGUCCGGCACUUUGAAGACGACGGGGAGAUUGAGGAGUGUGUCGUUAUUGUGGACAAGAAGACCGGCCAGGGCAAGGGGGUGGCGUACGUGAAGUUUACCCAGACGUCGGCCGCGGCCCGGGGUCUCCGGAAGAACGGGUCCUACAUUGAGAAUGAGACGCGGCCGAUUAAGGUGAUGAUUUCGGCGAGCUACCAAAAGAAAAAGGAAGACGGCAGCCCGGAGGAGGUGAACGAGUUCAAGUUCCGGCGACUGUUUGCUGUGCUGCCGAUCUCAAAGACCGAGGACGACAUCCGGGACGAGUUUAGCCAGUUUGGCAACGUGACCCAGAUUCGCCUCGUGCCGGACAAGAAAAACCAGUCGCAAUGCGCCGCGUACAUCACGUUCAGCUCGUUCCUGGAGGCGGCCCUGGCCAUCGAGGGCUGUGACUUCAGCUACCGGGCCAAGUUCUGUCUGCCGCGGGAGAACCUGAAGCAGAACCAGCAACAGCAGCAGCAGCAACACUAUCAGGGUAAUCAGUACCAGAACCAGGGCAACGACGGAGGCCGGUACGGAAAUGGUGGCGGCAAUAAUGGCAAUAAUGAGUACAGCCGAAAGAGGACGCACUCGCCGGAGAAUAACCGCUCCGGUGGGGAUGUCAAGCUGGUGGUCAUCUGCAGCAGUGGAUUGAACCAAGACCGUCUGUGGAGGCUGUUUGACAUUGCUCCGGGCAUGAAGUACUGCAACAUUGUCACUCAAAACGACAUCAACACGACGGCCUCAGUUGUCUACGCAUGUCGCGAUGAGGCCCAAAGAGCUUUGGAUAAGAUCCACGGCUUGGAGUACCCGAUCGGAGAGCGCAUCAUCGUCCGCUACGAGAACGAGUUCCGCGACGAGAUGCAAAACUGCGACAUCCUAGCUCCGCUCGGACCUCCCAAGCCGAUUCUGGGCCUCCAGAAUGCGCAGUGCGCCAAGAAGGCCUUUUUCAUCUGCAUGCCGGAAGCCAUUUCGGUGAAGCUGCUGCAGGACGCGUUCUGUCGGUUCGGCGAUCUGAUCAACGUGUACUUGAUCCCCGGCAAGCGUCAUGGGUACGCCGCGUUCGCAAGUGAAGUGGCCGCCGACCGCGCAAUCCAGCAGCUUCACGGAAUCCAGCUCGGCGACUGUAGGUUGAAGGUGCUCGAGUGUAUGGAGCAGAACGAGUCCAAGAGGAAGCGGCCGAUGGAUCAAUCUUAAGGUGAGUGCUGCAUUUCGGCGCGAAUCGACGUCUCGUGCCGCGCAGAUAUUCCUCUUUCUCGUUGCAGAUCCCCCGAAGGAAGCAAGCGGAAUCCCGGCAGUUUCUCCUUUUUUCUCCCAUCUUUUCCAGUUUCUCUUCCAGCUGAGCCCAAUUCGUUCCUCGGUCGUUGCUAAUUUCCUCGUCAUUUUUCUGAUUUUUUAUCAUUCGCAGAAUUUUAAAACUCUGAACGCAGACAAAAUGAACGUUGAAACUAGAGGAAAACAUCGGAAGUGAAAUUUGAAUUAAUUGUUUGAAUUUCGGACGAUAGAAGAACAAACAAGACACUACUUGAAAGCAGGAAAAAUAUCAGCUGAGCCUGUUCACGUAAUGAUACAUGAUGAAAAUCAAAUGUAAGCACAUUAAAAAGUAAUUUUUAAAAUAGAAUCGUAGAAAUGUCAAACACAUCCCCCAAAAACACAAUUCUGAAAGCUGGAAUGUAUAAAAAUUUGCUUCAAUUGAAAUCAUAUAAAAUUAUACAAAUUAAAUAAACCUUCUGAAAGAAAUGAACGUUUAUAACGCAGCAUAACCGGAACUAUGAACCCCUGAAGGCAUUUGAAAUUCAUGAUUGAAUCAUUUCCAACCAGUUUCUUUUUUAUAGGUCCACCUCUCAAACUUAUUAUUUAAGUAUUAUUUACCGCCGGCAAGGCGGUGAUGAAAUAAACGAUACAAAUAAAUAAAACAA